UUUUGUGUAGAUUAGUAUCUCUUUUUAUAUUAGCUUUCAAUACUAGAAACAAAGUUAUGUGAGGUUUCGAUCACUCUAUAAGAUGAUGGAAAAGAAAUUUAAUUUGUGAAUCAAAUAGAAAAGCCGCUAAUAUUUUGGAUUUACACAUUGGAUUAUUGACUACUUUACUUCAGAAGGAUAUAAGAUCACAGCUUUUGAUCUGAGAUUGAUAAGUGAAGAAAAUGGUUGUACAACAUCUGGAAAGCAGACUUGCAUUGACAUCGCUCAAUACUAAUGAACAGCUUCAUGAGUUUCAGAUUGUUCAUGCUUUGAUUACACAAUGCAGAAAACAAGCAUCUGCUGAAGUUGAAAAUCUUCACAAUAAUAACAACAACCAUAAUGGUUUUGAACACCAGCAAACGAAUAGCGCGAGUUUAGGAAAACGAAAGUUGAAUUCAUCAAAAGAAGAACGUUCGUCCUUCGUUCGAUCGAUAAGUAGAACUUUCAAUGCUCUUGCACAAGCAACGAAUUCAUCACUUUGUGCGAAACAGAAUUUAACGUCUCAUCCUGUCAACAUAGCAUCUACGGUUAAGAAUAUCAUUUCACAGUUCAGUCGACAAGGAUACCAUGGAUCAGUCUGCUUUGCCAGCACUUGUGCUGAAACUUCUUCGACAAAAUCUGACACGCCACCGAGUGUUCGGAAGAGAACAACCACUCCUAGUAAAACUAGCGGAAUAUCAAAUCAACCUGUUUCGAUGCAAUCAAAGCCCAACUCUUCCACAUCGAAUGGAACUAUAUUAGAAUGCAGAUCGAUAAAAAAAGACGCAAACUCAGAAUCUCUGAGCUCGUCACAGUCACCGAAAGAUAAUAACGUAGUCGCUACAAAACCAAAAGUACGAUCUGUGAGAGCCAGAAACGCACAUAGGCUCAUAAGGCACGAAUCUGCACCGAUACCUCAGCCUGGAGAAUCAAAGUCAUUACAGAAGUCGGGAAUAUCUGUUCGAAGAAGCAAAAGUGAUGCAGUUUGUUACAAGUCAUACAUGAAACAGACAAGACGAAAAAUUGAUUCGAAUGUGCAAACGAAAGUACUUCAUUUUGAGAACUGCUGUAAAGGAAAAGGCCAAGCUUCUAUGUGUUUGGAAUGUCGGAAACAUAACUUAGAGCAAGGAAUCUUGACGCAGUCUCGUACUAGUUCUACAUUACCAAGGAUUGACUCUGUGAGGCCCAAACAAGAGAAUUAUAUUGGGGCAUUAUCUUACCAUAAACCUUCCAUAAUAACCCAAAAUGCAGCUUCGUCGAAAGACUCUAAAAGCACAAGUCUUCCUCCUAUCUCUGUAUGCAAAUCUCAAACAAAAACUCCCCCUCCCACUGCGGCUCGUAAAAAAGCAAUCCCAUGUCCUGGGGGGACAUAUUACCCAGUCGAUAAUGCCACCUUACCCACUGUAGCCCCUUCAGAAAGUUGUGCUCCUGAACUCGAGUCAAAUAUCAUAAAUAAUAAAAGUGGACGUUUGGAAAUAUAUCCUGACUUGACCGUUUCUGAGGUCCAGUGUUCCCAAACAAAACGAAAACACUCAUCCUCUGAUGAUGAACCUAUGCAAAGUAAAAGAGAAAGCAGAGAUGAUGGAUAUGGGAACGCUGUUUCUUUACACGCUAGUUCCACAGAAAUUCAAGUUGAUCUCGACCUCCCAGACAAUAAAAAUAACUCAAUCUCUUACGAUUCAAAAAUGGACUCUGCAUCAGAGGUUCAAAAUCCUCAAUUCAGCGAUACUUCGUCAAUGAAUUUUCAUGAUAUUGAGUUACAAUCUCACGGUGCUUGUGGAAUAAAUUCUCCCCAAAACUCACUCGACGAAGGCAAUUUAUAUUUAUCAUUGUGCAAUACUGAGUCUCGAAUCGAAACUGAAAAUCCUUCAUUUAAAGAUGAACUUGAUUUAUCAAAGUCCACGAGUAAAGAUGAAGAUUUGUCUCUCGCUCUGAACUUUGACGACUCGUCUGAUAAUAUGGACAGUUCAUCGAGUUCGAGUGAGUCUUGUUUAUCUCCGAGGCAAGAGUAUCUCACAGCACAAAAAUCGGAGAAAAGAAUUCGACGAACGCCGAGUACUCGAUACCAACGAAUGAGACGGAAAUUAAAGAAGUUAAUCUCAAGAUCAAAAUCUUGUCCAGAAGUUAUUGUUGUUGCUCCAGUUGUUGCUCAGUCCAAAACCGAGCUGGAGCAACAAUAUUUAGAGUCUAUGAGAUUUCCAACUCCAGUUUUCAUGCUGCAGAAAUCAGGAUCCUUUCCAGCAAUAAGGCAGCAGAUAGCUAUGCACUUUCAAACCAAUCAAGAUUGGACGUCACGUCUUCCUGACCAUGUUUUAAUUCAAAUAUUUUCAUUGAUGGACACAAAGUCAUUGUCGAUGCUGAAAUGUGUUUGCAAAGAUUUUCAGUUUCUCAUUGACAGUUAUGAUGUCAGAGGUACUGACUCAAUGUGGGUAAAAGAUGAGAGAUACAUUGAUGAUCCAUGUCGAUUCUGUCGGAAGCGCUUUACAUCAGGCGAUGUCUCAAUGUGCCGAUAUCACGCUAAAUCAUAUCAUUGUGAUCUUCCAUACGGCCGAUCGUACUGGAUGUGCUGCUUCCAAAUCGAGAGAAAAGCCCCUGGAUGUCGGACUGGAAUACACGAUAACCAUUGGUGUUCUGUCCCUGGUUUUCCUAAGAAAUGCCAAGGCAAUCAAGCACAAUAACUUACUCUUUCAAAUUUUAUCUCGCUGUUUUUUAUUUAUUAAUAUUUCGUUAUCGAAUCCAUCGUCCUUAUAACAGCCCAAAAAUCAAUUUACAGAAGCGAAUAUUCAAAUUUAAAUUAAUUCAUAUACUAAACCCUUUUUCUGACUGAAAUUUUUGGAAUCCAAUUUAUCGUUGGAAAAAUAUUGAUAACAUUGGAGCUAUAACAUCAAAUUGUCAGCUUACUUGGCUCGUUCUGAAAAUCUAUAACUGGUUAUCUGCUAUGAAAUUUGGGUACUCAUGUAGUAUGUGAACCAAGAUGGCUGACACCUGAACGAAGUAUGUGUACCAGGUUAGGGUUAGGUCAUAAUUUCAGGUGCAAAUACUACGGGAGUCACUUGGCUAGUCCCCGAACUAGU